UGCAGGAAACUUUCACUUUACAUGACAUGUUUGAGUGGAGACAUUUUGCUUGUCGGAGAGAAGACAUGAGUCACUUGCUGAGAUGGAGUAUUUUUCUCUGGACUGUACAUGCCAUUCAUUUUACUGAUGGCAUGGCAUUCAGUGAAAGAACAGGUUCUUGUCCUAUGCUGAGAGUAGAAGAAGAGAGGUUUUUGCAACAUCUGAAGCCACAUGAUGAAGUAACAGGAUUUGACCUAACGGAGAAGUUCCUACUGCGCAAAGGGACCGUCACAGAGGACCGUCCCUCAUUUCGCCUGGGAGGAACACCCCUCAUUAAGCAAACAGAACUGGUAUUCCCCAAUGGGCUUCCAAGUGAAUACUCCCUUGUUGCCACAUUCCGCCUUAGGAAAACCACUAAGAAGGAUCGCUGGUACCUUUGGCAGAUAUUCGAUGAAUCUGGAAGUCCUCAGGUAUCGCUUGUUGUUGAUGGUGCCAAGAAAGUGGUGGAGUUUGCAGCCCGGGGCCUCCUGAAGAACAACGUGCACUACACGUUCAAGAGCCGUGACCUGCACGCCCUGUUCGACCGGCAAUGGCACAAGCUGAGUGUGGCUGUGCAGAGCAACAUCCUGUCCGUAUACGUGGACUGCAAGCUCAUCGAGAGGCGGCUCACAGACGAGAAGGACCCCGUGGACACCAGCGGCCGCACAGUUAUCGCCACACGCGUCGAGGAUGGCCGGCCCGUGGACAUCGAACUUCAACAGAUUGUGAUCUACUGCGAUCCGAAGUUGGCCGAGUUAGAAAACUGCUGUGAAAUGCCUGGUUCCAGUUGUGAGCGAGUGGAAAUCGCACAGAGAACACCCGCACCGCUGGCCAACGGCUAUUUCCCGACAACGCGCUCCUUGCCUGCGCGGGAGCCCAGCAACGCGUGUCAGUGCUCGGCAGAGAAGGCACGUCAAUUUCAGAGUAAUUAG